AUGACAACCCCAGAUAUCUAUCGAGAUGCGGAAUACAUCACUGACGUGUUCACCACGCCGUCUGGUGCUUCCGAGUCCGAGUACGACUUCGGGCAAGAUGCGCGCAUGAAGAAAGUCCAGGCGACUGCGAAGGUCGCGUUGAUCGACCGGGUGCUUCGCGAUCUGGAUAUCUUGAUCUAUUGCGAGUUGUCUGCGCUAUAUUACAUGGACUGCUCGAUUCUCCUAUUUCUCUUCCGCGCAAUAAUACAGCUUAUCUUCUUCACUCCGAAAGCUUCACCCUUCGAUCCGACCCGCAAUCAACCGUACAUCGGCGCGAUAUUCUCCAGUAACAUCUUUUGCAUGAUAUUCCAUGCCUUCUUUAUAUGGCCGGAGGUUGAUGAAACGACACGGGGGUAUCUGCAUGGGGGUUUGUUUAUCGAUUUCAUUGGGCAGAAGGGGCCGGUUUCGGUGGGGAGGUUGAUAUCGUUUGAUUUGUUGGUUAUGGUGGUUGAUUUUGUUAUGCUGGGGUUGGUUAUUGAGAGGGUUAGGACUGUGGAUUCGACUUCGGAGUCGCAGUCGCAGUCGCAGUCGCAGUCGGGGGCGGGUGCAGAGGCAGAGGCAGAAAGACAGCAGGAUCAUGAUUCGGAGGAGAGGGGGGUUCUCCGGGAUCAGAACAGAGACGACGGGAUUGAACUCGAUGAGCUCGUGCGCGGUGAACAUACACCAUCCACACAAACAAAUAAUCCUAAUACCACCGCCAAUGACAUUGACGACGAACGGACCAACCUCCUUGCAGAACCCUCCUCCAACGCGCAUACCAAACCCACCCACCCCCUCGAUAUCUUCUCCUCCGGCGAAUACAUGCUCAUGGACAUCGGCUUAAUAGACAUCAUCCGCGAUCAGUGGCACUAUAGCCCUUCUUCAAUGUCUUCGGGACGAUCAACAACUACUUCAUCCGCGAGAACUUCCCGGACUUCUCGCUAUGUGCCGUCGGCAGAAACAGCUGCGUUUCUUAGAGAGAGGUUCGGAUUGCAGGUUAGUGCUGAUGGGAGCGUUGAGCGGAUAGAGAGAUGA